AAUGGCCAACGGAAAGGGAGAAGGUGAAGAAAGCUGCAGAUCACUGUCGGCAGAUCUUAAAUUACGUAAAUCAGGCUGUCAAGGAAGCAGAAAACAAGCAGCGCUUAGAGGAUUAUCAACGUCGCCUUGAUACCUCCAACCUGAAGUUGUCAGAAUACCCGAAUGUUGAAGAGCUCAGGAAUUUGGAUUUAACAAAAAGGAAGAUGAUUCAUGAGGGGCCAUUGGUUUGGAAGGUGAAUAGAGAUAAAACUAUUGAUCUAUACACAUUGUUGCUAGAAGACAUUCUUGUAUUGUUACAAAAGCAAGAUGAUAGACUGGUGUUAAGGUGUCAUAGUAAGAUUCUGGCAUCUACUGCUGACAGCAAACACACAUUUAGCCCUGUCAUUAAGUUGAAUACAGUAUUGGUUCGACAAGUGGCAACAGAUAACAAAGCUUUGUUCGUCAUCUCCAUGUCAGACAAUGGAGCCCAAAUUUAUGAACUGGUGGCACAGACAGUUUCUGAAAAGACUGUCUGGCAGGAUCUCAUCUGUCGGAUGGCAGCGUCGGUGAAGGAGCAGUCCACAAAGCCAAUUCCUUUACCACAGUCAACACCUGGCGAAGGAGAAAAUGAUGAAGAAGAUCCUCCAAAAUUAAAAGUGGAACAUCAUGGCAUUUCAGUCACUGGUCUGCAGAGUCCAGAGAGAGAUCUGGGAUUAGAAUCUUCCUUAAUAUCAUCAAAACCUCAGUCUCAUUCACUGAGUACCUCUGGGAAAUCAGAGGUAGGCGAUCUCUUUGUUGCUGAGAGACAGUUUUCAAAGGAGCAGCAUGCAGAUGGGACACUAAAGGAAGUUGGAGUAAGUUAUCAAAUCACAAUCCCAGAUCCUCACUUGCCUGUCUCAGAAGAACGGUGGGCAUUGGAUGCACUAAGAAAUUUGAGUUUGUUGAAGCAGUUGCUGGUACAACAGCUAGGUAUGACUGAGAAGAGCACUCAGGAAGACUGGCAACAUCUUCCAAGAUAUAGGACUGCCUCUCAGGGGGCACAGGCAGACAGUGGCACCCAGAACUCUGAAAAUAUUAAGGCCUGUAAUUCUGGUGAAGGACAGAUGCCCUUUAGAACUGGAACUGGUGACAUUACAACUUGUUACAGUCCACGGACUUCAGCUGAAUCUUCUGCUCCACGGGAUUCAGUGGUACUGGCAUCCCAAGAUAGCCAGGCAAGUAACAUUUUAGUAAUGGACCACAUGAUUAUGACCCCAGAGAUGCCUACCACAGAGCCAGAAGGGGGUCUUGAUGACAGUGGAGAGCACUUUUUUGAUGCCCGUGAAGCACAUAGUGAUGAUAAUCCAUCAGAAGGUGAUGGAGCAGUUAAAAAGGAAGAGAAGGAUGUUAAUUUACGCAUCUCAGGAAAUUAUUUGAUUCUUGAUGGCUAUGACACAGUGCAGGAGAGCUCCACAGAUGAGGAGGUUGCUUCCUCACUUACCCCGCAGCCCAUGGCAGGCAUUCCCACUCUGGACUCCACCCACCCGCAGCAACACUCUCCCCAAAAUGCUCAUUCUGAUGGAGCAGUUUCACCAUUCACCCCAGAAUUCCUGGUCCAGCAGCGCUGGGGAGCUGUGGAGGAUUCCUGUUUUGAGAUCCAGAGUCCCUCCUCUUGUGCAGAUUCACAGAGCCAAAUCAUGGAGUACAUUCAUAAGAUAGAGGCUGACCUCGAACACUUAAAGAAGGUGGAGGAAAGUUACAUCAUUCUUUGCCAAAGGCUGGCUGGAUCAGCCCUCACAGACAAGCACUCAGAUAAAAGUUAGAGCCGCGUGUCCUGGAGGUGACUGCAGGUUGUUGGAUUUGGAGCAUCGGCCUUGUCUCAUCACCUCCUGGCUCCAGUGUGGACGCAGAGAGAAUGUGUGACAGAGGAUCUGCCUGUGAACCACCUGGGGUUAGCCGUGUCCCAAGGUGCCCAGAGCGGGACUAGUUCUUCACAGUGUGGCAGCUGCACUAGUCUGUCAGUGAGGGAAUGUCUGGUCUCUCACUUUGCUCUCCUCAGUAUCAGAAAUGCAUUUUGAUUCAGAACAAAAACCAAAUGUAUAGAGCUUUGGGUGUAGGAUAUGAAAUUGUACUUAGACUUAAGAAAAAGAGAAAAUCAGAUGUAUUUAUUUGACUUCAUUCCAUAUUUGAAAGCACAUUUUAAUUUUUAUUUUGCCUUGUUUUGUUUUAAUUGAGUAGUGAGAGUUUUAGCCCUCUGUACUUAGUACACCCAAGGAUCAAUUACUCCUGAAGCAGAGAGGUCAGGAUGGGGUAUUGGGAGGUUGCAUUGAGAGGUGAAGAAGAGGAAAUGAAAAGGGGAAGGGAGGAGCAUCUUGUCUUCAUUCAGCUGUAUUCCAAGCCCUCUUGCUGUUCAGGAGGCUGCUUUUCUGAGGGUCACCUCAAAGGCAUAGUAUGUCCUGUGGCUCUUACAUGCAGAGGAUUUGAGCUGCGUGCUGCCCAGGUAGUCAGAGAGUAGGCGGCCUUCCUCCCACCCUGAGACACGCACCUCUUUUCUGUAGCUGGGAUCAACCCCAAUUAACAGGAAUCCUCAAUGUACUAAUAGCAGACACUUGAAAAUGGGUGUGUUUUCUUCUGUUGCCAUCUUUUCCGUUGAGGGUUGGGAUUUGGGAGGGAAAGGAAAGCAAAUUUUAUUUUCUUGACUAUAAAUUUGUUAUUCUUGGUAUUGUUUCAUUUUUAUGAUUAUACAUUAGACAUUGGCACUUGCAUAAAACUAUCCCUGCAGAUUGAGCAGGAAGUAAAAACAGGAAAUGUUUCGGAUGGUGGCAAGGGUGGGGGUUGCUGAGGAAGGGUGGGAUGGGAGUGGGAGAGUUUGGAAAGGUUGUUUAACUGAAUCACUACUGAGUUGAACCAUGGCUAUCAUUUGCCACGGGUACUGCUGAUUAUAAGGCCAGUAAAAUUUUAGUACCUGGAGGUUUGACUCUCAUUUUUUGCACUGAUGGUGCCAAAGGGCUCUGAGUCAAAAGGAGAGCCAAGGGUGGAGUGGAGAAAGAUAGGGCAGAGGCAGAACUGCUCACACCAGCUCCAGAAACACUUCCUCUGACUUCACUGCUGCAGCUCUUCCCAUACUGGGCCAUGACUGACCUUAGAAAUUGCAGACCAGAACAUACACUGGAUACUGCAGGCAAGGUGUUGGUAACUGCCUGCUCUAGAGUGAAUAGAAGUAUUGGCAGCACCCUACAGAAGAUGAAUGUUUCAGAAUUGUAACUUGAGGACUCCUUUGGUUAUAUUGGCUUUCUGUGGUUUUCUUUGUGCAUUAGUAUAUAUGUUUUGAAGUAUUUUUGCCAACUAAAAUCAAAUCUGUAAAUUCUGUUAAUAAACAAGGAGUUCAUCCAUUGCUCACUUUCAGUAGUGCCCUCUGAACUCUGUGAGUUGUCAGGAUGUAAUUUUAUACUUCCCUGCAGUUAAAGAAAAAAGAGUUUUUCUCACCACCACAAAUGAUAAGGAUGCCCAUCUACUUUUAUAAAUACCACUACAACUUAACAAGCUCUUUUAUCUAUAUCUAGAUUCCUGUCUCUGUCGUUUCAAAAACUGAUCUAUGUUUUUAGGUAGGAUAACUUGAAUUUUGGGACCUCAUCUAUAAAUUGGGAUUCUAUUUUUAGUCAUAGGCCAAGUAUAAUUUAACUCAGUGGGAUUAAGAUUUUUAGGAGCAGAAGCUAAUAUAUAAAUGAAAUUUGGGACUUGAAACUUUAUCUUUUAGGAGGAAUAAGUAGAAACCAAAUGGUUACAUUGUGCUGCUAGAAAUAAUGUCACUCCCAACUAAAAGGGCUACACCUGUAGCCACUUGACACUAACACCAUCAGGAGGCAGUUAAUCAGGAGAAAAGUAAAUAUAAUAAAACUUUCAUCUUUUCUUCAGACACUACAGGGUAAUUAUGUUAUUCUCUAGCACUCAAUUAAGAAACUUGUAGGUUAGCAAAGUUUUGGUUUCUGUUCUAGCUCAGCCAGUAUCUUGUUCUUAAUAAUUACUUGUUUUUCUUUUCCUGCAGCGUAACCUCUCCUUUGCACUAUAACAGGGCUAACUGGAAAAAAGACUCUGACCAUAGCUCUAGUAUUCCAAAUAAAUUCAUAUCUAGAUUUUCAAACAAAGCCCCAAGAGGAAGUCUAAUUUUGAAAAGAUCUCACAAUUUUUUAGUGUUUUUUAAACUCUGACCAGGCUAUCUUCUCCCUUCCAACUUGGCCUCCCAUGCCUUCCAUUUCAUUUUGGCUGUUAUAAUUACAUCCAUUUGACUUUCAUUUGUUAUCUCCCUUUCAGGAUGAUGGAAUUCGUUACCCAUCCUGUGUUUGAGUGAGAUUCUUAGUUACAUGACUAGAAGUUGGAAUAUUAAAGGGUGCAAGGGUGGUGUACAGAGCAACUUUCCCAGAGCAGGAAAGCUGCAUUUCAGCUAUUGAAGUGACCUACUAUGACACUGUGCUCUUUUUUGCGGGCUUAAUGGCUCCUUUGCUAUUAAGUAGCAAAUUACAUUUAGAGUAUCUCCUUCCUUUUCAGAGAACAGAGUUAAUCAAGGCAAAUCAGCAAGUCCCCACAGUGCUACAAUUUAAAAUCAUGAUUACUACGUUAGAAGCCAUAUAUUUUGCAUACUUUAAAAUCUGCUAACUUGGACUGAUUGAAUUAUGUUGGCUUUUAGAAAUUAAAUUGUAUCUAUUUAUUAUAUUAUGUUGCAUGGGAGGUAUUUCAUAAGCGUUUUGGCUUUAAGCAAAACAGCUUCUAGUGACUAGAAAGAAUGAGUCUCCUUUUAAAAAGUAUUUUUGUUUUGGUUAUUUGUGUUUGUUUUUUGGAGGAGAGGGAGGAUCUACUGUAAUAGUAGAGAAGAAAAGUCCAUUUUAUGUUAUUUUUAGAAUCUAAAGAAAAUAUGCUUCCUAUGAAUUGUCUUUUACUUGCAUCCUUUUUUUCCCCUUCUUUGUUAAUAUAUUUGGUGUAUUACACAGGGCUUCUAUAUUUCAGACUGAAAGCUCUCUUCUACGGAGUAGUUAGUAGAGGAUGUUAUUUUGAGCUACUAGAGCUUUGGUCAAUAUUUCCUUCCUUAUACAUCACAGAGGGCACCAUUGAGAACUGUGUGCAUAGGACCUCAAAAUACAGAGUUAGCAGAACCUUGCAGUCAACUUCCUAAUGGCUAGUUUUUCCCCCAUAUUAAAAUUUUUGUUUUUUGAAUAAUGUCUUUUUUCUGACAUUUCUACCCUUUUUCAGUGAUCUGCAAAAUCGUUCUUUCCCCAAGAAAAGAGUUUAUUUUAUUUUUGCUGUGUUCCUUAUGCCUUUCCCACUGAUACUGAGAGUUUUGCUGAUAAAUUGAUAGAAAAAAAGUACCUCCUAGAAGGAAGCCCUCCCUGCCAUUUCCAGGUGCCAACUGCUAAGCAGAUGUACUGCAAAAAUGGUAACUGUAAUGUGCACACUGUUGGUUAUUUUUAAUAAGCCUCUUCCUACUAGAUCCUUUUAUUUUCCUUGUUCACCAUACAAUCAUGUACUCUUUAACAGAAGUUGCUUUUAAAAAAAUCUGGAACUAUCUUUAAAAAAACUUUAUUAAUAAUCAUGUAUUUUUACUGAUCACAUUUUGAAAUGCCUAAAGACUUUAUUGUUCUAAUUAUCCAGAUGUACCUUUGUAAAAUAGCUCUUUUAUGAAUUAGCUGAUAAGGCUGUAUGUUUCUGGAACAAAAUAUUGGUCAUCUAAAAACAUUCUGUUUUCUGGGGUCUGGGAAAAUAGAAAAUAAGAGUUCAAAUAUUAAAUAAGCUUAAAGGAA